GGAGUUACUAGACCAGAUUGAGCAAAAGUUAGUGCUAGAAUACCAGUGCGUUGGCCAUCGUCUGCUCCGUUUUAAAAGGAUUUUCCAGCAAAGUGGAUACAACAUACAUUUUGGAGGCAGAAACCUAUAUUUCUUAUUUUAAACAUACCUGACAGUAAUUGUUUUGGCAAGGAUAUUUUUCAGCGUGGGCAAAAAAAUAAGGAAAAUAUUUUAGCACUAAGCUAGCUGGUGCUAAUAUCAGGCUAGCAUGUGUGGGAUGAGAUACAUGGGGACACCGUGAUGGUUAAACUGAUAUAAACCGACGGACUAUGAGCUCUUCAGAGUCUAAAAUCCACUUAUCGCCACACACGAAGACUAUAUUCAUUCCCGUUUGGAAACUUCGGAACUAGCCCAUAAAACCAAGAGUGGCAAUGUCACGUGAUGGAUGGUUAUGAGUUUUAGCGGCCAGACAGGAGAACCAUGGAACAGGUUGAGCAACCUACCUCAGAAAUUAAAUGUGACAGCCCUGUAGCCCAAAGUCAUGUGACAGUGACAGGAAUUAUGGAGGGCCAGCCCUCUCCACGGCCGGACUUGAACUCUACACAGAUUCUUGAAGUCACAACAUGGAUAGCUACUCAGGAGGCUGAGUCUGCAUCCUCGGAUUGUGGAGGUAUGUCAGAUCUGCAGGAGCCGGGCUCAGCAUCAGCUGAGGAGGGCAGUGAGGCAUCUGAUGCUAUAGGAAUAGAGGCCUCACCUGGCAGCAAGGGAUCAUGGGGGGUGAAUCUACAGAAUGGAGAUGGAGCAGAGCAGGAGAGUUCUCAACAGAAAGGCAAUGCUCCCAUAACAGCUCAGACUUUUUCAGAUCCGUUACAGGUUCCCUCCCUCUCAUUGUCUGACCAGUUACAGCUGGGUCGGGAUGACCCUAGCAGUUUGGGCCUAAAUGUUGAAUGCCGCAUAUGUGGAGAUAAAGCCUCUGGAUUUCAUUAUGGAGUUCAUGCUUGUGAAGGCUGCAAGGGAUUUUUCCGACGCACAAUUCGCAUGAAGCUGGAGUACGAGCGGUGUGAACGUGCCUGUAAAGUCCAGAAAAAAAACCGGAACAAAUGCCAGUACUGUCGUUUCCAGAAGUGCCUGGCACUAGGCAUGUCCCACGAUGCGAUCAGGUACGGACGUAUGCCAGAAGCAGAGAAGAAAAAGCUAGUGGCAGGGCUCCUUGCUGGGGAGAACCUGCAAAGCUCUGGGGGGGGUGACCUCAAAACCCUGGCCAAGCAUGUCAACACGGCCUACCUGAGGAACCUCAACAUGACUAAGAAGAAAGCACGGAGCAUUUUGACGGGCAAGACUAGCUGCACAGCGCCAUUUGUGAUCCAUGAUAUGGACUCACUAUGGCAGGCAGAAAACGGGCUGGUCUGGAACCAACUUAAUGGAGCGCCACCAAACAAGGAGAUUGGGGUACAUGUCUUCUACCGCUGCCAGUGCACAACAGUGGAAACUGUACGAGAACUCACAGAGUUUGCCAAAAACAUCCCUGGCUUUGUGAAUCUCUUUCUUAACGAUCAGGUAACGCUGUUAAAAUAUGGAGUUCAUGAGGCCAUAUUUGCGAUGCUCCCAUCUCUCAUGAAUAAAGACGGGCUGCUGGUGGCCAAUGGGAAGGGCUUUGUGACGAGAGAGUUCCUGCGUAGUCUGCGCAAACCUUUCAGUGAGAUCAUGGAGCCCAAGUUUGAGUUUGCGGUCAAAUUCAAUGCUCUGGAGCUCGAUGACAGUGACCUUGCUCUGUUUGUGGCAGCCAUCAUAUUGUGUGGAGAUCGUCCUGGACUGAUGAACGUGACACAGGUAGAGCAGAUCCAGGAUGGUAUCUUGCAAGCUCUGGACCAGCAUCUUCAGGUACACCACCCCGACUCUACUCAUCUCUUUCCCAAACUACUUCAGAAGAUGGCUGACCUAAGACAACUGGUCACAGAGAAUGCCCAACUUGUUCAAAUGAUCAAAAAGACUGAAUCUGAGACCUCCCUCCACCCGCUUUUACAAGAGAUCUACAAAGACAUGUACUGAACACAAGACUUAAGUUAUGCUUUCAUUGACUUGACAGGAGUAUGAACUCCAGAAUUCCCUCCUGAAUGGAGAGAAUGCACACAUCUAAAUGGGGCUGGUGGUGCCAUGGGAUUUUUUUUAAAUGAAUUUUGUAAAGGACUUUUACAAAUAUUGAGUUUGAUUACUGACUUUUUCUGAGAUUGUGAAGCGUUUUUUAUUUAAACUCAAAUCUGUUCUUAUAUACAGGACAUUAGACAGUUAUCAUCUAGUUAUCAUUUACUACUACUGUCAUCAUGUUGUUCUUCAUUUGCUUGAUGAGGGCUAACACCUUUAGAAGUUGUCUUUUUCAUCAUAAUUUUGUUUUGAAAGUACUUUAAAGUGAUAUAUAGUAUGUAUAUGUUUUUUUUAUUUUUUUUAUUUUUUUUUUAAGACGGAGCACAAAGCAGCUCAGAGCACAGUCUAGCUCUUAAAAUACCACUUAUGGAUGUGUUUUGUGUUUGUAGGGCUUUUAUUUUUGUGAUUAUUUUACUUCCCCUCUUGAUUCUGUUUGAUUAGGCACUUUUACUUAAGUAAAAGAUAUACUCCACACAAAACUUCACAGCAGACAGUUAUAUUAUUAUAGAAAUUGUGUUACUUUGUUGAGGAUGUUGUGUUCAGUGUCAGCUGCUACAAAUAUAUAUUUGUAUUGAAACUAAGGACAAAUCUGUUUAUUAAUUUACUUGGUAUUCAUGCAGACUUUAACUCUUCCUUUGACAUAAACCUUUAACAGUGUGAAAACACCAUCUUUUCAGUUGUAUGGAAGGAAAUGUUGGCUCACUUUGUUCAUAAUAUACAUGUAAACUGUUAUGAUGUGCUGAGCCCUUUUUUAUGCAUUAGUAAGAUAAUGAUGCUUGUAUUAAAGCAUUCUGUCAGUUAUAAGCUUAAGGUUGAAUUUACUGAAUUAAGACAUGACAUCAGUUAUAUUUCAUUGUCUACUUAAUAAACAGCUGUAUUAAGAAUGUCUUCCAUAAAUAUAUUGAAAUUUCACUGCUUAGGAGUUUUUAGUGGGCAAGAGAAAUGGCAAUUAGAAAAUAUUGAUUGAAUGUGUUCUGUGGAUUUGUAUUAAAAAAAAACAAGCAGGCUAUGGUUACAUUCAGACUACAACAUUAUGCACAUAAAUGUAAAAUUAAUUCUCAAUCAGUUUUAUUAACAAGAAAAGUGUCAUGGUGCAUCGAUUAGUAAUUUGGGCAUUUCCAAAACGGGUCUUGUCACAAAACAGUCCUGAAAAACUGGGGGUUCAAUGCAAACAUGUUGAAAAAUAUGCCAACACUGAAUUAAAUGAACUGAUGUGAAACACA